AUGGUAUCAGAUUUGCCAGAAUACCUCAAGAAACCCACCUAUUCCACUCGCCAGAAACAACAAGCCACCGAGAUGGAGCAGCAACUCGCCGAUCUCGCGGACGCGAUGGCGAAGAUCCAGGAACAGACGGCCGCGAUCCAGCAGGCAAUCGCGGCGUCCAGCACCCUCGUCGCAGAGAUCAAGCCGGCGGUGCUGGAUCUCGCGGCAUGGCGGCCCGUGAUGGAGAAAUCGGUGGAGGAGCUGCAAACCGAUCUGGGCGGCCUUCGCAACCAGAUCGCACAGGUCGCGCGCAACCCCGUGCUCUCCAUUAAGCCGGCGGAUCUUCCCCCGCUGAUUCCGCGCGUCCCCGAGGCGGAUCGGGCUCCCAACGGUGACAACAGUCACGGGCCAAGCGGCCACCACGACGACACAACAACACGGAGGUUGGGUACCGGAGUGGUCACCACCCUCCUGCCACCUCCGGCCAUGACCAUGCUCUGGUUAGAGAAUAGUGGAUUUGAUCUUGAUUGCCUAAAGUGGGAGGAAUUCUGCGCGCUGGUCUGUGACCAGUUCGGACGCAACGAAUUCUCUGUUUUGCUUCGUCAGUUGUUUCACCUUCGUCAGACAGACUCGGUGCUCGAUUACACUACUCGUUUCAAUGAAACUAUGCAUGCUCUGCUUGCUCAUAGCAAGGCUUGGGAUCCUGCUUUGUUUCCUUCCCGUUUUGUUGAUGGCCUUAAAGAUGAAAUUCGAGUAGUUGUUCUGGUUCACAACCCCAAGGAUUUGGAUACUGCUAUCUCUCUUGCGUAUCUGCAGGAAGAAGCUCUGGAGAUCCUCAAGCGCCGGGAGCCGCGGCGCGCGGACAUGGGGCACAGCUCGCGCACGCAUUUACGCGGAGCCAUGCCAUUGCCGCCCCCUACAGGACGGCCACCCACUCUGACUACACCACCGGAGGCUCCCCGCGGCGACACGAUGCCACGGGGAACACCAUCGACAGAUGAGCGCCUCUCCACCUUGGGCGCUUAUCGCAGGGCGCGCGGUCUCUGCUACAUGUGCGGGGAACGCUGGUCGCGGGAUCACAAGUGUGCAACCGCGGUGCAGCUACACGUGGUACAAGAGCUGUUCGAUGUGCUCGGCCUGACGGACAGCACGCCUGAACCAGCUCCGUCCGAGAUCAACAGUGAAGUGCACACCAUUUCAAGGGCUGCUGUGGAUGGAGAGGCCACACCUCAGACUAUCAGGUUGCAAGGCAAGAUUCAAAACCACCAGGUUCUCAUUCUGGUUGACAGUGGUAGCUCACACAGUUUCGUCAGUUCAGCCCUAGCGGCGCGUCUGCAAGGGGUGGUGCAAGCUGUUCGGCCGCUGUCAGUUAAAAUUGCAGAUGGUGGUGAGAUGCGCUGCACACAAGAGCUGCUCAAAGGGGAAUGGACUGUUCAUGGGCACAAAUUCUACUCUCGGUUGAAAGUGUUGUCGCUCGGAUGCUAUGAUAUGAUCGUGGGAAUGGACUGGUUGGAGAUCACCAGCCAUCAGUUGCAGGCUAUGCUGGAAGAGAAUGCGGUUCACUACAUAGUCCAACUUUGCACAGUUGAUGGGAGUGCUACUCAGGAUGCCUUACCAGCUAGCAUUGAGAAUCUGUUGGCUCGUUUUGCUCAUCUCUUUGAGGAACCCAAGGGACUGCCACCACAUCGAGAGUUCGACCAUGCAAUUCCAUUGAUUCCAGGCGCUCAACCAGUUAAUCUCCGGCCUUAUCGCUACAGCCCCCAGCAAAAAGAUGAGAUUGAAGCACAGGUUGCCGAAAUGUUAAAACAAGGGAUCAUCCAGCCUAGUUAUAGUCCCUAUGCUUCGCCGGUUCUCUUAGUCCAGAAGAAGGAUGGAACAUGGAGAUUUUGCGUGGAUUACAGACACCUCAAUGCUAUUACGGUCAAGAACCGCUACCCUCUGCCCAUCAUUGAAGAACUCUUGGACGAACUAGCGGGCUCUUGUUGGUUCACGAGCUUGGACUUGAGAGCUAGAUAUCAUCAGAUCCGAAUGGUGCCGGAGGACGAGCACAAAACUGCAUUCAAAACUCAUCAUGGCCACUUUCAGUUCAAAGUGAUCCCUUAUGGUGUUACCGGAGGCCCUAGCACUUUCCAAGGGGGUGUGAACACUGUUCUUGCUCCACUGCUACGCAAAGGGGUGCUCGCGUUCAUUGAUGACAUCCUGGUACAUAGCAGCACCUUGGAGGAGCAUGUUAAGCUGCUGCGACAAGUGUUUGAAUUGUUGGAUAAAUACAAACUUCACAUUAAGCGCAGCAAGUGCAGUUUUGCUCAGAAACAGCUGACUUAUUUGGGACAUGUGAUCAGCGAGCAAGGAGUAGCAACAGACAACAAGAACAUUGCUGCAGUGCAAAGGUGGAAGACUCCUACCUGUGUGAAGGAAGUACGGGGAUUCUUGGGGCUUGCAGGUUAUUACCGGCGUUUCGUCCGGAACUUUGGAGUGAUCAGCCGGCCGCUCACGAACCUGUUGAAGAAGAAUGCGGUGUUUGUGUGGAGCCAAGAGGCCGAUGCAGCCUUCCAUCACCUGAAGCAGUCACUGAUCACGGCGCCGGUGCUAGCCUUGCCCUGCUUUGACACCCCGUUUGAGAUUGAGACGGAUGCUUCUAACAAAGGGAUUGGGGCUGUGCUUAUGCAGGCCGGGCACCCUAUAGCAUUCCUCAGUCGGGCGUUGGGGCCUCGCAACCAAGGUCUCUCUACCUAUGAGAAGGAGUUCAUGGCAGUUCUUCUUGCAGUGGAGCGCUGGAGGCCGUACUUGCAAGGGAAUGAGUUCACCAUACGCACGGAUCAGCGCAGUUUGGCCAACCUGGGUGACCAACGACUGUCCACACCUUGGCAGAAGAAGGCGCUGACCAAGUUAAUGGGGCUACGUUAUAAGAUUGUGUAUCGCAAAGGCGUGGAGAAUCGCGCGGCGGACGCCUUGUCCCGUGCUGAUCAUGGUGACUUGUUGGCCCUCUCGGUCGCUCAACCAACUUGGCUGGAGGAUGUUGUUCGGGGAUAUCACGGUGACCCACAUGCCAAGGAUAUUCUGCAGCGCUAUACCGGAGCACCAAGUGAUGAUAAUCCAUACUCUGUGGUGGACGGCGUGAUCAGGCAAGCAAAGUCCGAGCACGUGCGAUCGCCUGGUCUCCUGGAACCCUUGCCAAUCCCACCGCAUGCUUGGCACACGAUCACUCUGGACUUUGUUGAGGGUCUGCCACUGUCUAAGAACUACUCCUGUAUCAUGGUGGUGGUUGACAAGCUCACUAGGUACGCUCACUUUGUGCCCCUGUCGCACCCAUUCACCACUCUACAGGUUGCUACAGCAUACAUGACGCACAUCUACAAGUUGCAUGGGUUGCCGUAUGCUAUGGUCUCCGACCGCGACCGGGUGUUUACCAGCAGCCUUUGGAGAGAGUUGUUUCGGCAGGCAGGAACUGAUCUGAAGAUGUCAUCGGCCUAUCAUCCACAAACCGAUGGUACCACGGAGCGAGUGUUUACCAGCAGCCUUUGGAGAGAGUUGUUUCGGCAGGCAGGAACUGAUCUGAAGAUGUCAUCGGCCUAUCAUCCACAAACCGAUGGUACCACGGAGCGAGUCAACCAAUGCAUGGAAGCCUACUUACGUUGCUUCGUGCAUGCUUGCCCACACAAAUGGGUCCUGUGGCUACACCAGGCUGAGUUUUGGUAUAAUACCGCCUUUCACUCGGCUCUCAACUCCUCGCCUUUUGAGGUUUUGUACGGCCAUUCGCCUCGCCACUUUGGCAUUGUCGAUUCUUCUUCUGUGGCAUCGGCUGAUCUGACUGCGUGGAUGCAAGAACGACAGUUGAUAACAGCCAUCCUGAAGCAGCAACUGGAGCGGGCUCGCCAGCGCAUGAAAGAGCAAGCUGACAAGAAGCGCUCGGAGCGAGUGUUCCAAGUGAAUGACUGGGUGUUCGUCAAGCUGCAACCCUAUGUGCAGACGUCAGUUGCGGCCCGUGCUAACCACAAACUCUCUUUUCGCUACUUUGGCCCCUUUCAGGUUCUGGACAAGAUUGGCUCAGUCGCAUACAAGCUGGCCCUCCCUGCAGACAGCCGGGUGCACCCGGUCUUCCACGUCUCACUGUUGCGUGGGGCUCUACCGCCAGCUACCGCAGCCCAGCCGGACCGGGCAGUGCCACCGGCUCCUCAUACGGCGCCAUCUGUUCCAGAGGCAGUGCUUCAGCGCCGGGUGGUUCAGAGAGGCACAGCUCGACUACCGGAGGUGCUGAUCAAGUGGUCUGGCCAGCCGGCGUCUUUGGCUACCUGGGAGGACUACUUCGAGCUCCGCAGCCGGUUCCCGGGAGCCGCGGCUUGGGGUCAAGCCGGCGCUGAAGGGGGAGGGGAUGUCACGGCCCCCUCUACCUCAUCCCCACCAGAAGGCACCACCGGAGAGGCCGGCCCGCUUAGGCCCAGGCGGGAGAGGAAGCCCAGUGCCAGGUACGACCCAGCGACCUGGGAGCUGGCACCGCUACAAAAGGGAGCGACCACCAAGUGA